AUGUCAAUUCAAAGUUGUUCCGCCCCGGUUACGAUGGUACGCAUUAAACCAUCGGAUAGAACAACACCGAAAUCCUAUACUCAAGCUACGGUUGCAAUUCUAGAAGAUUCAAGUUCAGGUCUCGUUUACCUUCGAACUAUUGACAAUCAACAGAUACUUUUAUCCGAAGAGCUCAAUCAUUACAAAUGGAUGGAAGAGUCAUGUUCAGACACAGUAGUAUCAAUCCAAUCACCAUUGAAUACCAUUAUCAUACUGUAUAACCCAAAAGAGAGGCAAUCGAAAUGUAUAAUGGACAGACUAAGAACAUUCUUUCACAAAGACGACUCACACAUAGACGCUGUUCAACCAACUUCAUCGUUAUGCAUUCGUACACCAGAGGAUCACACAGAACUGGCCACCAACGAUCUUGUCAAAUAUAUCCAAGAGGGUCACACAGAGCAUGCUAUACAUGCAACAAAAUACCUUGCUCAAGUGCAUGCACAAUUACACAUGAAUCUAGUCGAACGUAAUGAGAACCAGAAUACCUCAACUACAGAACCAUCUACUACUUUUCAAAUAAAUCUACGCAUUGAGUGUCAUUUGAAUCGAACACCUAUGAUAUCGACUAUCUACGUGCAUUCUGGUACAAACCUUCAUGACUUGAAAGAACAAAUUCAAACCAAGACAGGAAUCAAAUGUAAAGACCAGUUCUGGUAUGCAUUUGGUCAAUAUAUAGUUCCCGACGAGUAUAAAUUUGGUUCUUUGGAACCAGUGAUGACUGAUCAUCGUCGGCAAACAUCAACAGACGUUGACAUCCACCUAAAUAAAAUCAGUUUACCGUAUCAAGGUCGAAAAUCGACUUUGUCCUAUGGUAUGUGGAGUACGCAGAUAAAUAUGAUUGAAAUCGUUCAUCAGCAUCGAUCAUUGGCCAAGUGUUUGCUUUCGAUGGGUAUUCGGAAAAAUUCGAAAGUUUAUCUUUAUCCAGAAGAAGCGAUCUAUCUCAUGCAAUCAUCACUGUUACAUAUAUCGUUGAGUAAUUUUGAUCAAAAACCAAAUUUUCCGUUGUCAUUAGAUGAAGCGUAUUCAUUAUGGUUUAGUCAAUCAAUGAAUAAAUUGAAUCACCUACACGUUUAUCAAUAUUUAACGAGGAUUGGGUUUAUUUUAACUCGACAUCAUUCGGCAAUAGUACAACGCGACGAAAAAAGAGAUGUGGCGAUAACAACAAUCGGUAGUACAAAACGCAAACGAGAAGAAAUGGAAGACGACGAAACAGCCGAGAUUCAACCAGAUCAUAUUUCCAUCUGUCCGAUUCAUUCUUCAUUGGAUUGCCAACGAGCAUGGUUUCCUAAAUAUACUGAUGAUCCACCAAUAUUGACGAAAAUCCAUCCUCGUUUGAUAUUUCCUGACAAAUUGUCUCCAGUAUCGAUUGAUUGGCUUCCAUCGGAAUAUAAUUCGAAAGUUUCCCAAGUGCAGUUAUCAAUGUACGAAAAUAAAACGCUAACAUCUCGUCCAUCGUACUCUCUUCUUCGAUCGAUCGAUCUCCAAUCUCAUAGUACAAUAUCUCAACGUUUAUCAUCAUUUGCUCCACAAUCGAGUCCACCUACGUCAUCAUUACCAUCCGAAAUUGUCUAUGAUAUGUUUACACCGAGAAAAAAUUUUCGCAAAACUCAAUCGACCACGCCAGAUUAUCAUGUCAAGAUAAAAGAUGGCGAUUCCGAAUUGAAAUUCGAAGAACUCUAUACUGAGCAGAAAGACGCACAAAUAUUGACAGCUAUUGUUCAUAAUGGUGACAUUUCUUUCUAUACAUUUAAACCAUUCGAUCCAGUUGCUGCUCUACGACCGAACUAG